UUAUCAUAACAAAAAUAGUAAAUGAUACUCUCGCAUUGAAACCGAAACAUCUUUAGUGUAGAAAUACAAGUUUAUCAUUCAUUAUCAUAACACUUUAGGGAAUAUCAACUGACAGGAACAUUUUUUGUACAAGUAUAAAUCUAAGACGGAUAAUGUCAAAACGAGGCAAUUGGAAGAAUUGGUACGAGUUUAUUUUCUCGUGCAUCGGUUGCCUGGUUGGGCUCGGAAACAUCUGGAGAUUCCCCUACCUGUGUUAUAAAAAUGGAGGCGGAGCCUUUCUUAUACCUUACUUUAUAUUUGUGAUGCUGUGUGCCAUUCCGAUCUUCUUUGUGGAGAUGGCGUACGCCCAGUUCUCAAAUCUUGGACCAGGAAAGGCAUGGAUUUGUGUACCACUACUAAGGGGUAUUGGUUUUGGUAUGGUGACCAUGACAGGUGUAGUCGCUAUUUACUACACAGUGAUCAUGGCCUGGACACUCUACUUUUUUGUGAUGUCAUUCAGCGCUACACUACCUUGGAGCAAUUGUAAUAACCACUGGAACACUGACGUUUGUUACAUGCGGUUAUCAAAAUCGGCAAACAGCUUAUCAAAUAUUUCAAACACCUACAUCAACCAAUCAGAUAUGGUAUUUACUGCAAUCGCCAACCAGUCAGAUUUGUCAUUUACUACCACUUCCAACCAGUCAGAUUUUAUACUUGAAGAUAGCACAGAAACAUCUGUGACGCUGAAAACACCAACAGAGGAAUUUUGGGAACGAAAUGUAUUAGAGCUCACAGAUGGCGUUGAACAUCCGGGCACUAUACGCUGGCAGCUGUUGUUGUGUCUUCUGGGUGCGUGGACUAUCGUUUUUCUAUGUUUGGUCAAAGGCAUAAAGUCAUCUGGAAAGGUUAUGUACGUUGCAGCAACAGCCCCCUAUGUGCUACUGACGAUUUUGCUUGUUCGUGGGUUAACACUAGAUGGAGCGAUAGACGGACUCUUGUUUUAUGUUGUUCCAAAAUGGGAUAAACUUUUAACUGUAUCUGUUUGGGGCGAUGCGGCGGUACAGAUGUUUUAUUCCGCCGGUCUUGGAUGGGGAGGGAUAUCUACACUGGCUAGCUAUAAUGACUUCCAUAACAAUGUUGCAAGAGACGCAAUGAUACUUCCAAUUUUAGACUUUGUCACGAGUUGGUUUGCCGGCUGUGUAAUAUUUGUCAACCUUGGCUUUAUGGCACAUUCAGCUGGGCUACCUAUUGACAAAGUUAUAAGUCAAGGUCCAGGGAUAGUUUUCAUGGUGUACCCAGAGGCACUGUCCCAGCUCCCAUUACCACAGCUGUGGUCAGUAUUGUUCUUUCUGAUGUUGUUUACCGUUGGACUAGACAGCCAGAUUGUGCAUGUACAGACAGUGACAACUGCGAUAAUUGACACGUUUCCAAGACAACUGAUUCAACGCAAGCUGCAAGUCACUCUUUCUGUUUGCCUCGUUUCGUUCCUGCUUGGAAUAUCUUGUGUAACUCAAGGUGGAAUAUACUUUCUACAGAUUCUGGACUGGUAUUGUGCAAGUAUAGCCGUAAUGCUCCUAGCUUUUUUGGAAACAGUUGGUCUAGCCUGGGUGUAUGGUAUUGAACGGCUGUAUAAGGAUAUAGAGUUGAUGAUAGGCAGAGCCUUGCCGUCUGUCUGGGGAAUCUUCUGGAAGUACAUUACACCAUUCAUUAUCCUGCUUAUCUGGAUUUUUAAUCUGGCACAACUUGAGGCAGUGAAGUAUGGUGAUGUGACGUAUCCCAGGUGGGCUAUCGGAAUAGGCUGGGUUAUAGCGUUUAUAUCCCUGAUACCAGUUCCAGUUUGCAUGAUUCAAGCGCUUCGUAAAGCAGAGGGAGACACACUUUUAGAGAAACUAAAACAAAGUACAAAGCCAAGCCCAGAAUGGAAACCAGCCAAUCAAGACCUUCAGGAACAGUACCUAGAAAUGAUACAGAAUAAUGUCGUAGUGUUUGACGUUAAAACAUGAUACGCCCGAACUCGUCAAUUAUUUGUUAUAUCAGUAUGAUAAUUCAUAAGCAUUUGUAGUUUGUCUUGUAAGACACAUCACAUAGAUGUCUGAUACUUUGUAAAUAUAAAUUUCAAUCGCAUAAAUUAUGUGUAAUUAUAUCUUUAUCUUUGUAUUAUUAAUAUGAAGUGUGCACAGGAAAAAGUUGCAUGUGUGUAAUAUUGAAUACAGUGUGCUGUAUUUACGACAAACAUACAUUCACUGAGGUCAAGCAUGAAAGUGACAACUGGCAAACUAUAUCAAAAGUAAAAUGAUAUUCCUCAGGAUGCAAUGCGAUGCCACAUAUUUCAUACCAGAUGCAUCAUUUAACAUGUAUUAAUCACGUCUCGAUAAUAUUACAACUGUUUUGCGACAAAUGUUUGUAUUUAAUUCUCUAUAAAGGGUUUUAAAAUAGAUAGAUGUUUAAAAACAU